AUGACGAUCAACUUGAGAUCUGGGCAUCUGGAGACGGGUCUUCACCUUCAUCUCUUUGUGAUGUUCCUCAGUCCUGGACAGUUUUUGCAGUGCGACCCCCCGUGUAAGAGUGAGGUGGAGGAGGACAUUCCAGGAGAUGUCACCACAGAGAAUUCCAGUAAAAUUAUUAAGGGCAAAGCUAUAUUAUCACUAAAUUACAAAGAAGAAGAUGAAUAUGUCCUGCAGCGCUCUUCAGGAGAAAACCUCAUUACCCUUAAUGUACACCCAGGACUUCACAGUACAGAUCUAUUAUAUAAUCCCCCUCAUCAUGAGGAACCUUCCCCUGACCAAUUACAGAUUGUUACCAAAAAUACAGGUCAGAAAGGGGAUAAAAGGUUUCAGGGUAGUAAAGAGUUUACAGAACAAUCAAGAGUUUCUACACACAGAAAAAUUCACACAACACAGCAGGAUAAUGGGAAAUGCAUUGCAAGUAAAUCAGAUUGUGUUAAACAUGAGCUAAUUCACACAGGAGAGAGUCCAUAUUCAUGUUCAGAAUGUGGAAAAUGUUUUACCAAAAAAUCAUAUCUUGUUAAACAUAAGAGAAUUCACACAGGAGUAAAGCCAUAUUCAUGUUCAGAAUGUGGGAAAUGUUUUACAGAUAAAUCAAGUCUUGUUAUACAUUGGAGAAUUCACACAGGAGAGAAGCCAUAUUCGUGUUCAGAAUGUGGAAAAUGUUUUAGAGUUAAACCCCAUCUUAUUAGACAUGAGAAAAGUCACACUGGAGAGAAACCAUAUUCAUGUUCAGAAUGUGGGAACUGUUUUACUCAUAAAUCAACACUUGUUAUACAUAUGAGAAUUCACACAGGAGAGAAGCCAUAUUCAUGUUCAGAUUGUGGAAAAUGUUUCACAGAUAAAUCAAGUCUUGUUAUACAUGGGAGAAUUCACACAGGAGAGAAGCCAUAUUCAUGUUCAGAAUGUGGAAAAUGUUUUAGAGUUAAACCCUAUCUUAUUAGACAUGAGAAAAGUCACACAGGAGAGAAAACAUAUUCAUGUUCAGAAUGUGGGAAAUGUUUUACACAAAAAUCAUAUCUUGUGAAACAUGAAAUAAUUCACGCAGAAGAGAAACCAUAUUCAUGUUCAGAAUGUACGAAAUGUUAUAGAAGGAAAGCAGAUCUUGUUAUACAUGAAAGAAGUCACACGGGUGCAAAGCCAUAUUCAUGUUCAGAAUGUGAGAAAUGUUUCACAGAUCAAUCCAGUCUUGCUAAACAUAGGAGAACUCACACAAGAGAGAAGCAGGAUCCAUGUUUAGAAUUUAAGAAAUGUUUUACUACUAAAACAAGACUUAAUAUUCAUCAGAGAAGUCACACAUGAGAUAAGCCAUUUUGAUGUUUUAUAUGUUGAAAACGCUUUGUAAGAAGGAACUAAAAUUCAACAGAUCAGGAAAAACUACCGUAUUUUUCGCCCCAUAAGACGCACAAAAGUGGGGGGGGGGAAAUGGCAGUGUGUCUUAUGGGGCGAAUGCUGCCAUUUGCAGGCAGGCUGGCCAGUUACUCACUUCCUCGCGGCACAUGCUCCGCCCACUUUAUUAAUGAAGCAGGCGGAGCCUGCGCCGUCAGGAAGUGUGUGACCGCAAGCCUGCCUGCACGUACGGGCGUUCAAUAGUGAGUACUAAGGUACGCGGAUUACGCUACCUUGUAGUUUAAAUAUGGAUUGCCUACAGUUAACAUACAAACCGGAUUCCCAAAAAGUUGGGACACUAAACAAAUUGUGAAUAAAAACUGAAU